AUGCGGUCACCUUCACCUGCGCACUCAAACGCGAGCGCCGCAAUUGAGCAGGCUGGCCGAGGUCGUCUGGGAUCCACAAGUGGCCAAUUCGCCCAAAGCCGCGCUUCUUUCGGGCCAAGCAGUCGAGCGAGCCCCUUCGCCUCUCCGGCAUACGCAAGAGGAGGUUCACUGGCUUCUGCUCGACCAUCGGCGAGCGUUGCUGGUGGUCCCUCGACAUCAUCAUUCCAGUACUCGUUUGGAUCCGAACGCCGUCUGGGAGGAGGUUUAUCUCAUUCUUCGGUCUAUAGCUCGCCGUUGGCGUUGGGAGCACGAGCUGCCAGUCCAGCUCGCUCCGCUUAUGGACUACAGUCGCAAAGCCCAUUUGCGCGCAAGCGCUCGGUGCUUAGCCAAGGACCAGCUAGUGUCGGUGGUAAACGAGCUAGCUCGCACUUUGGUGCGAGUGAAGCCGGAGCCUCAGAAUUUGGCAGGGGCUUGGCGGCGUUUCGCUCGGGCAGUGUUCUUGGCCCUACCUCGCAAUUUGGUGGCUCCAGGAUGUCCACAGCCUCGCGUUCUGCAAAGGAAAGACCAUGGAGCAGCUUGAAACUCGCUCCUACGUCUGGAGAACUACCAUCGGAUGGGGAAGUGCUCGCCCAGCAAUACGCUGCUUUACAAUUUGCUUCGGCCAACGAUGAUGCGGCGCGCGCCUCGGCUUCUCGAACAGGAAGCGUAGCACUUGGUACUAGAAGUAGAACUCCAGCGGAUGGUAUCUUCUCUCCUUCCAAAGCCACGCCACGACCCGAGAUCUCCAAACGAAGAGCAGGCACGGCCGAACUAGCUAUCGACGACGGCGCAAGCGCAGUGGUGAGUCAUGCUGCAAGCGUCCACCGACGUUUGCAGGCGUGCGAUCCGCGUUGUGUACUCACAUUUGCCAUGCACCGGUACGCAGAGUGGGAGUGCCAGGAAAAGAAGGUUGGUGCGCGAUGAGGAGCUUGGACUGGUGUGGAAAGAUGAGCUCGAUGCUUCACGUGAGUCAUGGCGACGCACUUUGUGCGCUGGAGCAGACAGGGUUGUCUGACGCGCAAGCGAGGGCGCCUGGUCGGCGUACGUGCUCUUUCUCACAGGACAACCUCGAACACCUCCCCAGAAUGAGGCCGAAAGAGUUCUGAACUUUCUCGAAUCUAUGCGGGUCCCUCAGCGUCAAUCGGGCAAGGGCAUAGCGGAACAGGAGUCGGUGAGCUGAACCUUCCCACCGCAAUCAAGCCAGUCCAAGGCAACGCUGACUCUACCGCCUCCUGCGCGUCGCAAAAGCCCAUUUCCAUGAGCACCGUGAAAGUUCCUCUGCCCAGCAGCCGCGAUGAGGAAAGGCGCACCUCGUCCCGUCUGAGGGGACAGUCUCCCUUCACGCGCUCCUCCCGGAACCACCACUACGAAGCGAAUAACGAAGGAUUGCGCUCGAAACUCAAGCGGCCUCCACGACAGGACAAGGAAUUGGGAAUGAGUAUUGGAGGAGCGAGAGACCGCAGUAAUGGGGGACUUGCGAUGCGAACGCGACAGGCCGCUUCUGCAAGCGCUGUAGAAGAUGACGGAGCAAGCGGUUCGGAGGACGAGACGGCCCGGAGACCUACCACCCGUUCGAAGAGGCAGGAGCGCGAACCAUCGUUCGAAGAUGAGGUUGAGGAGCCGCCUCGUCGGCGCAAUGCGAUAAGGACUCGCGCUCAAAAGCAACGGAUAGCACCUGAUGCGAUGGAUGAAGACGCAGAACCGUCGCCCAGACGACUCAGGUCCGGCCGUGCUCUUCCAGCACCUGCACCAGCGCCGCGGGCAAUACCAUCUCCCAAAAAGCCUGUUGUGGAGCUACUUCCAAGCGCGGCAGCAUCCAGGACUGGCAGCGUUGGCGAGGCGUCGAGUGCUCAGAGCAAGGACACCUUCAAAGUCUUGGCCGAUCAUCCAAACGGGAGCAGGCAGAAAUCUAGCCUUCGACAGCGUUCGGACAAGCAAGGCCCAACAACGCGAGAGCCUGCAGCCAGAACACGCGGGACCAACAGGGUCGCUUUUGUGGACAGCGAUGAUGAGGAGAGCAGCGCUGCGGAAGAGGCUGCAAGCCAAGAGCUCAAGAAGGUUGACUUGCCAAAGAUUGCUUUUCCGGCUGGCUUCAAGUUUACCCCAACGAGCUCCCCAAGUGGAACUCCUCCUCCCGCGUCUACGCCCUUUGCAGCUUUGCCCGCACCGGGGGAUGAUGCGAAGGAUGAGGCGGCUGCCGCCUCGAAAGUACCAACACCCAGCGUUUCAGCCAGCAACCUCGCACCCAAUAGAUCAGCAUCCGUCUUUGAGGCUGCGCCGCCUUUCUCUGCAGCUCCCGGCGGUGGCGCCAAGCAGCCCGGAGGCUCAACUCUUGGCUUGGGGGAAAAGGCAGGCGGCGUCUUCAGCUCCGCUGCUCAGCCUUCUGGCGACUCACUCCUCUCGCGCUUAGCGCCACCUUCCACAGAAAGAGAGAAUGAGUCAACGACGCCGAGGAAGCCACCUCCAAAGGUCGGCUUCACCCUCCCAGAAACGAAUCACACAGCGAGCAAAACUGAGGCGGAAGUCCGGGGGCCUCCGAAGCCUUUGUUCUCUUUCAAGCCAGCGCCUGCCUCGACUCCAGCAUCUGCAGGAUUCUUUUCCAAGCCAAGCGAUGCGAAUCCCAUAGAACACAGGCAAGAUGAGCGCAAUUCUGGACCGCCUCCCAACUUCUUUGGAGCUGCAGGCGUAUCUGCACCAGCCAAGUCGAAUCCCUCCACAACUAUGUCUCGGCCUGCGGGUAGCGUCGUACCCUUCUCAUUCGCGAAGCCUGCUCCCAAUGCGCAGGAGCAACCAGUCACUCCCACCAACACGUUCUCAUUUGGGCAGCUUCCAGCGCCAGCACCAAAAACUGGCAGCUUCUCCUUUGGCCCGGCGCCCUCACUCUCAAAGCUGGCCGGCGAGCCAGAGCGAACGAACAGCGACGGUGGUGCAAAUACAGCCCCUGUCGCAUCGCUGUCGACGGCUGGCGGCAAGCCGGGGGAAAGUGUGGGGCCAGGAACUCCGUCGCAGCCUUUUAGCGGCUUUGGAGGGCUAGCCAAGCCGACUUCCAGCAACAAGCGAGGAGCGGAGGAUGAAAACCACGAAGCUCAAUCAAGUGCCAAGAAAGGCCCCUCGCAGCCAGAUUUGAGUGGCGAGAGCUCAAAAGCUGUGUCUGCAGCGCCAUUAUCGUCAUUUGGUUCUGGCGGCGCAGCGAUGCCUUUCGGCACUGCGCCAUCGUCAGAGGCUGCUGCUAGUGCUGGGCCAACAAAUUUGUUCACCGGAUUCGGGCAGACGCCGGGCAAGAGUGUAGCCGCAGCGCCUGCUGGUACAUCUGCAUCGACUGCCAGCUUGACUUUCAGCUUUGGCGGCGCACCUUCUACACCUGCUCCAGGGGCUGCUCAAUCGGGAUUCUCUUUCGGCGCAACCGCCAGCGCGGCACCUUCCAGUACACCGUCUGCCUCCACCCCAUCUGCCAUCUCUGCCUCCGGCCCUCCAGGCCAGCCAGCUCAGGCCACCGGUCUGUUUGGAAAUGCCGCGCCGAAUUCCAAGCCUUCGCAGGCCCCCUUCAAAUUCGGUGCGCCAAAUACUGCACAGAAUGGCGCGGUCGCGUCCAGUGCAGCGCCAUCCCAGCCAGUGGCUGCCGCUUCAUCAAAUGGAGGGUUCGGGGCACCGGCCAUCAAUACGUCCACCGGGCAAUCCUUUGGCCCUGCUUCUCCUGCGUCGCCUGGCGGCUUUGCAUUUGGUUCGACUCCUUCAAACCCGCCCAUGACGAGCUUGUUCGGCUCCAAUGUCAACUCUGGCGGUUUCAACGCCCCAGCUGCGUCUGCUCCCGCCGGCAAUGCACCUGCUCCCUUCAAAUUUGGGACGCCAGCCAAUGCGAGUACCGGCACUGGCAAUGGCGCUUUUGGCGGCUUCGGUGCUGGCGCAAACGCUCAAGCUACACCGACCGCAUCGAGCGGUGGAUUUGGAGCGUUUGGAAGCGGUAGUACGAACAGCAUAGGUUUUGGGGUCAAUGCGCAGCCCUCGGCAAGUGACAGCAGACAAGAAUCGCCUUUCACGUUCGGCCAACCAAGUAAUGCUCCUGGUGGAGGCAAUUCUAGGCAAGGCUCACCUUUCACGUUCGGUGUGCCGCAACAAGGCAACGCGCAACAGCCGAGUCUAGGAGCUUUCGGCUCUGGGGCAAGCAACAAUGCCGGUGGCGGAUUCACAUUCUCCGUGCCCAGCCCUGCCGGAAGCCGAGGAGCCUCGCCAGCUGCAGCGCCAGCCAAUCCAUUUGGUCAGGGUCAGGCAGGCUUUGGAGAUGGUGCUGCGUCUGGAGGUAGCCCUGCGCCCUUCGUAUUUGGUUCUAGCGCCACGAACAACACAUCACAGCCUGCACAGCCGGCCUCCCCAUUCCAAUUCGGUGCUUCACCGGCCGGCGCCGCCGGCAACAGUGGGGUCCUCACCACGCCGACCACUCCUACAGGCGGAGGCAUGUUCAACCUUGGCGCAGCUCCCACCACGCGUCAGACGAAGGCAAUGCCGAAGACGAGAAGGAGACAAGCAUGA